AUGGUGACUACAGCAUCCUCAGAACCCCAGUUUCCAAAAGAGCAGGCUCUACAGAAGAAAAGACUGCAAAAUGAAACAGAUGAGUUGAAUAAGAAAGAAACUGUGAAGGAAAUGAAGAAGGCUGUCAAUGGAUGGAUGAAGAAGGUCAUUGAUUCAUUUCUAUUUGGUGAUGAAAAUGAUGUUGGUAUUUGUUAUGAUGAGUAUGUUGAUGUUGCCAAUUGCUGGAAAGAGGAAACUGCUGAGCCUAAUAAUGCCCAGCAUUUGGGGCCUUCUUGUCUCCAUGAAAAUGCCAAACACUACAUAGACAGUACAAAGUCUUCUGUUAUCCUGGAAAGCAAAGGCUUUUGUACUCUAGUAGCCAAUAUGGCAAAGCCAACUAAUAACAUCACAUUCUUCAAUGGGGCAUUUAAGGAUGUGGAGAGUGUAACGUUAUUUUUUGACUGCUUGGGCUCCCACUUUACCUGGCUGCAGGCCAUCUUCACUAACUUCCCAGCUUUGCUCCAUUUUGUGAACAAGUUGAAAUGUGUGACUGGCCUCUGCCCCAAGGACUUGGAAGAUUAUGGCUGCUCCUGCCGGUUUGAGAUGGAGGGGGAACCUGUGGAUGAUGCUGACAGUUGUUGUUUCCAGCACCGAAAAUGUUACGAGGAUGCAGCUGAAAUGGAAUGUGCCCAAGACCUAACCAAACUCUCCAUUGAUAUCACUUGUGACAACCAAAACAUCACCUGUGAGUCCAAGGAUCCUUGUGAGCAUCUUCUUUGUAAUUGUGAUAAAACUGCCAUUGAAUGCUUUCUUCAUUCUCACAUCAACUCUUCCCUCAAUGGCCUUGACAUUGCCUUCUGCACGCCCACGGUCACAGAUAUGAACAGCAAGGAAGAGAUCAUGGCCCUUCCAACUGACUUCAUUCCUAAAGUGUCUACAGAUGUCAACUUGAAGGAUUCUUCUGUGGAAGCCGUUGUCAGAGUCCAUGAAGGCACAAUAAGCCCAGAGAAUUUAGUACUGCUAGGACCAGUUCAGACUGUUACGGAAGGAGGAGCAAAAACCUUGUCUGCCCUUAAAUCUGGGAACUCAGAGGCUCAAGCUUUGGAACCCAUCCCUAAGGAGACUGGAGGAAAAGAAUGUGAAAGAUUAACCUUCCUGCAAAUGGGAGACAGUGGAGAAGUCAAGCAAGAAAUGCCCCAGAUUGGAGAAAUGCUCUUUUGUCUGACAGCUCGGUGUCCAGAGGACUUUGAAUCUUACGGUUGUUAUUGUGGUCAAGAAGGACAGGGAGAUCCUGCUGAUCCUUUGGACAGGUGUUGUUUUUCACAUCAUUGUUGCUUGGAACAAGUGAAGAAAUUUGGCUGUGGGUUAGAGAGGAGUUCAAGGUCUGAAGUGACAUGUGAGGAUCACAAAACAAAAUGUAGAGGGCAGAAUUUCUGUGAGAAGCUUCUCUGCUCCUGUGAUCAGACUGCUGCCGAGUGUAUGGCUGCUGCAUUGUUCAAUGAAAGUUUCAGAUUCUGGAGUAGAUCCAGAUGUCAGGAGAAUGGAACGCUAUGUGAAAACAUUAGCCACGAAUGGCCUUUGGCUCCCACCGGUUUAGGGAGCAGGAGCUCAAAUUCUGAUGAGAAGAGCAGCGAAGAAUCUGUGGCUUCUUUGGGGGGAGGUUUCAGAAGAAAGAAAAGGUUUUUGGGGAAGCCAUUUGUCUCUACCGGUUCCAGGUCAGCCAAUUGACAAUAAUUUGAGUUUCCUUCAUUAAAAGCAGCAAAAGUAUGAUGGGAGAAUUGAGAAAAUAAAGCGCCUUGAAAGUUAAGAGCCCUCGGACACACAUAAGUCAUUAUUAUUGCCAGACUUGUUCUAAUGCAAAACCAGAGGGGCCAGGGUGUAUCUCUUGUAUGAUUUAUACUGCAUGCAUUGUAUUGUGGAAAUUAAUAAACAUUCAAAUUAA